CAUAGCCAUUUCUCCUUUCAUGGACACCACUAUACCCAUCGAUCAUCAAACCACAACCGGUACUCUAAGGUACAAAGAAACUCGGCCGUUUCCCAAUAUCACGUUGACGAAAAUGCCCCUGCAAAACGCAACACGCGUGACGACGACUUUCUUGGACUCGCUAAGGAGCCUAAACUCGAAAACGUACCCUACAAACGUCCCACAAAGCGUCGACCACUCCUUGAUCUUCAUGAUUGGGGUCGGUAUCAACCCGUGCCCGUCGUGCUCGAAUAGAACCCGAUACGUUGCACACAUAAACAAUGUGAGCUUUGUAAUGCCAAGCAUAGCCCUCCUCCAGGCACACUACAACAACAUGAGCGGAGUUUUCACGGACGAUUUCCCGGGAAGGCCUCCAGUUCCUUAUAAUUACACGGGGAGGCCCCCGAGAAACACGUGCACGCGGAACGGCACGAAGGUUUACAGGCUGGGGUUCAACUCCAGUGUUGAGGUUGUGUUACAAGGGACUUCUGGGGUUGCACCAGAGAGCCACCCAACACAUUUGCAUGGUUUCAACUUUUAUGUUGUUGGGAGAGGGGUUGGAAACUUUGAUCCCCAAAAUGACCCUAGCAAAUUCAACCUGGUUGAUCCUGUUGAAAGGAACACUUUGAAUGUGCCCACUGCUGGUUGGGCUGCCAUCAGAUUCAGAGCUGAUAAUCCUGGUGUUUGGUUUUUGCAUUGUCAUUUGGAGGUUCAUACAACAUGGGGGCUAAAAAUGGCAUUUUUGGUGGAAAAUGGUGAGGGCCCCAAUCAAUCUCUCCCUCCUCCUCCAAGGGAUCUUCCUCAAUGCUGAUUUUGUCAGUUAAAUGAACAGACCAAAAAAAAUUAUGGGGUUUGAAUUGAAUGUAUGAAUAAAAAUGAAUGUGGAUUCUUGAU